GGUUCGUCUUUUUUUUUUGUGUUUUAUUAUUAUUUCUUAUCACUGUUUGUUUAAUCAGUCUUUAUCCUUCUGUUAAUGUCAUCUUCGUCCCCGGUGUCGUGCUAUGCAAAUGCUUGUGUAAAACGUGAUCGUUUGUUUCGUUAAUUCUUAUUCGAUUCAUUCGAUGGUAAUAAUAGAAAUAUUGAUAAAAAUAAUUAAAAGUAAUAAAUAAUAACAAUAAAAAAAGCAACAAUAAAAACAAUAGAAACAAUCGUCAUUAUUGUUGUCAGUUGCAUAGUUAAAACAUACAAAAUACACUGUAUUAUACAUCCAUAUUAACGUCAAUCUGCAACUGUUGUUAAAUAAACAUACAAAAAUCAUGACGAUGUUGCCGCUUAUUUGGUGAUGGCAGAACGAAGAGGAUGUCACGCCGCAAGCAGAGCAACCCAAAGCCAAUAAAGCGUAAGUCACUUCACCGUACUACAUGUUACGUGCCUAGUCGACACCCUUCACGUUCUAUCGAAUCUCCGAGAAGACACCGAGUAACAAGUAGCAGGACAGAUAUUCGAAACGCUCAAGGGGAAGAUGAAGAGUGGAGCGAUUCAGAGAAAACCCCUUCGGUAAGCAGUGGCAUCGACGGCGGUGGAUCGGGGGUGUCCAGUCCUGCGGCGCAUCCUGGGGAGGACGAGUCCAGUCUUCCACCACCUCCACGGUUGAAUUCAACCGAAGAAAUUCGACCGAGGUUACAGACCGUACUUCCCGAAGAUGUGCGCAAGCGGCUCGGCAACAGGGCUGAGGAAAUCGAGGCAUGUGCAAAAAAGUUGCAAGAGCGGGAGGCGGCACUACGAACGACCCGUGACCUGAGCCCAAAAAAUCAUCGAGGAAAGGAGGACGCAGACGAUGACGUGAUCGAGACGGUCAAGAGCUCGAACGAGACAAGGAGAUGCUCACCACCGUCGUCGUCGAGGAGAAAAGAGGCGCGCAGAGCCCUCGGCGACCUUCGACGACUCGAUGAAUCUCCGGUCCAAGCUAAGAAGAUGAAGCUCGACGAUGAAGCUACACCUAAAUUGAGACUGAAUGCUAGUCUGGCGACUGAUCCUGCCCUUCGACCCGCGACUGUCGCCGCUUUAACUAUCCAACCGGAUAACAAGUCGACCGCUAACCUUACUCCACCCCUUCCUGCUGCGCUUCAAAAAGCGAUAACGUCGGGGAGGUUAUUUAUUCUGCCAACGGACGGUAAGGAGGCAAUAACAGUAGAACCCUCGCGGCCAGCACCGCUGAUCUGUCCACCCUGCGGGAUUCGGUUCAGUUCUGCGAGCACGCUGGAGGCGCACCGGACGUUUUACUGCGCGCACCGGCCGCGCGCCGACGAAGAGAGCGCGAACGACGAGGACGACGAGAAAUCGGGGAAGUUCGAUAUACGAAAGGCAUACGCGUGCCCUCACUGCUCCUACAGCGCUGACAAGAAGGUCUCGCUCAACAGGCACAUGAGGAUGCACGCCGCUUCGCCGGUCCCACCGCCGAUGACAGGAACGGGCCCAACGACGCCAGGCAGCCCCUCUAACGGAUCGCUCUUGAACGAGGAGGCCGAACGGUACUGCAGGAACUGCGAUAUCAGGUUCAGCUCUCUGAAGACAUACCGGGCCCACAAAACUCACUACUGCAGCACGAGGCACGUGGUCAAAGACGCGCCGCCGCCCCCGUUGAAGGCGUCGCCCCCCGCCUCUUCGAGCCCUGGAGAUUCGCCACCCCCACAGCCGUGCCUCGCGUUACCGACGAACCCGAUCCUGAUCGUCCCUUACUCGCUCUUCCGGGGGGCGAGCGUCCUAACGGCGCCGGCGCUCCCGACCCCCGACACCGCGUGCUUCCUGCUACCGAACGGGGCCCUGCAACCGAUGACACGGGGCCUGACGGCGCCACCGUCGACGACCGAAGCGCCGACGGUCCUCCGGGCGGCGAACAAGCCUUCGACACCGGCUUCCGCGAACUCUACGUCAAACCUCCCUUCCGCCGCCGCCGCCGCCACCGCCCCCCUGGAUCUCAGCGUCAGGCGGUUUCUUGUGCCCCAGGACGAAAAGGAGAACCGCGUUUCACCCGCACCUUCGCUACCCCCACCCCCCGGCAGCCCGAGGUCCAGGGGGUCCAGCAGUCCCAGGGCCAGAUCGCUGCCCGCUGGUCAAACCAGCCCGGCACCCGUUCCUUCGACUGAACUCGCCCUCAGGCUAGCAGAGCUUCCACCACCCCCGGUUCCCGGUGUACUCGUCAAACAGGGUGUUUCCAGAUGUAAGGAAUGCAACAUCGUGUUUUGCCGCCACGAGAACUUUGUGGCGCACAAAAAGCACUAUUGCCAGGCAAGAGAAAACCCAGUUAGCAGUCCACCGCCUUCGGGAACGCCGUCUCCGCCCUUGUACCAGCUGAUAUGCGCACCUUGCGGUAUAAGGUUCGCAUCAUUUGACAACCUGAAUGCCCAUCAAGCCUUCUAUUGCAACAAGAGGUCCGAGCCUCUGGAGCAUCAGGCUCGAUGUCCAAAGUGCAAGGCAUUAAUAGAGCCCGGUGGAAGCCACACUUGUACCGCUGGACCCACCGGAAGUUGGCCAUGUCCAGUUUGCGGAUUGGUCAGUCCGACCGCUGGCGCUGCUCAGAGGCACAUAGAUGCUCAUCAGGGGGUCAAAGCAUUCCGAUGUACGAUUUGUCGGUAUAAGGGAAAUACGCUUCGUGGUAUGAGAACGCACAUUAGGAUGCACUUCGAGAAGAGGGGGACCGACCUGCAGGAAGAAAAUUACAUAACCUGUGUCCUGGAGGACGAAACGACGGUUCAAACGACUCCAGAACCAGCGCCAGCGACGACGCCGGAAGAGAUUCCCGCGGCUGAAGCGGUCGUUCAGCAGCAGCAGUCGGUAAAUGGAACGGCCGAAGUAAGGAAAAGCAGCCCGCAACCGGCGGCGACGACAGCGCUGACACCGAGUAGCGGCGGGAAGGUGAAACAGGAACGCGAAGACACGCCGCCCCCCGAAGAGAGUCUUGACCCCGCUAAGGCUGGACCAAGGUAUUGUCACUCAUGUGACAUCAGCUUUAACUAUCUGAGUACCUUCAUAGCACACAAGAAAUUUUAUUGCUCAAGCCACGCGGGGGAAGCCAGCAACAACAAUAACAACUCGACGUCCACGCCACACGUUCAGGAAACCGCAACUACUCCUGCUAGCAGGACCGAAGCAUCCGUACUUUAGAAUUUAUAAUCAUUUAGCAAAGGCCGUGUGACACAUCGUUUUACGAAAUAUUCGUUAUAAUAUUGCUCGUCGUAAGAUCGUGUUGUUUUUCAGUUGAUCAAAAGACUAGAGCUUUUUUUUUAUGCACCCAAAUCGUUGUGGCGGUUCUCUCGUUGUAGGCUUCAUAAUGAAGGACGAAAGUUUCAUUCCGACUAUCCUGGUGAAGAUUUUUCUCUGUGAACUCGUGCAAUCAAAUAUUUAGGUCUAGUUUAAAAUUAUAAAAAUAAAAAAAAAUAAAUAAGAAAUAAGAAAAACUCGCUUCCAAAUUAUUUCGUAAAUGCUUGACAGAGAUAUAAAAUGACUUAAUGGAACACAGCGUUCGAAAUUACGCAUUUCACCAAAAAAAAAAAAAUUAUCUUUCUUUAUAAGGCUUAGAUUUUAUCAGGUUAUGGUUUUGUUACAACUUGUGUGUGAAGUUUCUAGGCAAAAUCUGACUUCUGUUGGAAGAUCUUUCUACUUAUUCUUCGAUAUCUGAAAUUGAAGACUUCCAGAAAUGUCAGUUUACUCUGAAUGAACUCUUCAAUCGCGUGCAGAAUAUUUAAUAGAAAGGUGUUUAUGUGAGAUAGUCUUGUUUUGCGCGGGUCUCCAAGGUCAAAUCGUCAAUUCGUCUAAUUCUACGGUUUCUUUUCAUCUCUUUUUUUUUUGUACAUACAUACAUGACAUGUUUUGAGGUUGAUAUUACCUGAAUCAUAAACUUAACGUUGCCUAUAUGACAGUUCAAUAAAUAAAACUUAUAGUUCUUGUUUUAAAUUCUCAUUUGUACAACUUUACCGUGUGACAUCAUUUUUAUUUAUUUUACCAGGGUCCCAUCAUUUUAUAUCUAUUUCUUCGAUUUUCUCCUGCCACAUAGCAUUGUUUCUACACAAAGUUAGAAGCACAAAUUAAAAUUCAGUCAUUAAAACUUUUCUUACCAUGACGUUUCGUUUUAUUUUUUUUUUUCUUUGACGAAAAAAGGACAACACACCUUUUAAUACCCAGUCAGCGCUGCAUACCCUCUUUAAUUAUUGGCUCUAAUUGGGCUGGUUUUUUUAUUUAUUUAAUUUUGAUUAAUUAAUUAAUGUAUGGGGUAAGCUAUCGGACAUAAUUUUUAACUCCAAUAACAGUCAACGGGAGUAGCGUAGCUAAAUACCAAUACAGAAACUCGCGAGUUUGUGUUGGAAUUAGCUCCUCUACUUACCUGUAAUUAAGUAAUUAAAAUGACGUCCGCACAGAAACACACACAAACUUGAGCACUCCGCUUAAUCACCACAAGCAUAUGAAUUAUAAAUGAUGAUAGUUACUAUUAUUACAAUCAAAGUUAGUACAGCUGAAAAUGGAGAGGAGAGAGAUUGACAAAGUGUUCAGACAGAGUUGUAGGACUGUUAAUUAUUGUAUACAUACAUAUAAUUGUUGCCAGUUUAUACAUUAACAUAUUGUUAUAUUAUACAUGACGAUUAUCUUAUAUAUAAAGUAAAAUAUUGAGUAUGAAUAGGUACGAAUCCUUUUUCACUUGUCUUUUCUUCGUUACUCUCCUAGUUUAAAUGAGACCUCAAUGUGGUUUUUCGUCAAUUUCCAUCGCUUUCAAACAUUUUUUUUCCAACUUGAUAUGCUAA